UUUUAGAAGACGAAAAACAUCUGAUUAGUGUUUAUUAUGUCAAAUUUUUCAGAUUUCGAGAAACCUACAGUUGUAAGACAGCAGCCGAUUACAGAAUACAAAUUAUGAACAUGUAGCAAACACACAUUUUCGGUCCCUCUUGCCAGGGAACUCCGAAAAUGAUAAAACAGGGCUAAAAAGAUGAAGAUGCUGGGUUUUACGUUCUGCAUCUUUGUUUUGAGUUCAUUAUUAUUUUCGUGCAGUUCAGUCCCUCAAACAUGUACUGGCAGGGAAAUAUUCACAAACAAAAGUGGGACAAUAAGAGGUGGAGUAAAGAAUGAAACAAUAAGAGCUGGAGAAGAGAAUAAAUAUAGCAAUUAUUCCAGAUGUGAAUGGCUUAUUGAUGCUGGGUCUUCAGACAAGUCUAUCCUGCUGGAGUUUUCCUCUAUGGAAACAGAAUGUUCCUAUGAUUUUGUGAUGAUAUACGAUGGAAAUUCCUUCAAUAGUACCACUUUGGCCACAUAUUCUGGGAACACAUUACCCAAACCAGUGUUAGCAACAUCUGGUUAUAUGCUGAUAUACUUAUUUAGUGAUAGGAAUUAUAAUUUAAAAGGUUUCGUUGCUAACUAUACAUUACAAGACUGCCCGUACAAUUGUAACCGAAAUGGUACAUGUGCCAACCAUGUUUGUCUCUGUGAUAAAGGAUUUGUAGGAGAAUUCUGCGAAAAACAGUUGUGUCCCAAUUCUUGUAACUCUCAUGGACAGUGUUAUCAAAGUGGCUGCCAUUGUGAUGGGGGAUACAUCGGAGAUGAUUGCAGUUUGCCGAUUGGUCGAAUGGAAGAUGAUGUUCGUUGGUACAGUUUAUCAAAAUCUAGUCAGAACUUUACUGCAAGAUUUGGACAUACUAGUGCAUUUAUCAAAAGUGUAAAUUGUAUAUAUACUUAUGGAGGUUUUAGUCUUUAUCGUAUUUUAGAUGAUGUAGUGCGAUACUGUUUGAAUUCAAGCAUGUGGGAAAUUGCAAUAAAAUCAAAUCCAUGGCCGAAUGGGCGGAAAAACCAUGCAUCUGUGACAGUAGACAAAGGAUUCUAUAUCCUAGGGGGAGUUUUAGACAAUGGUUCAUAUUCAAAUGAUUUGUGGUUUUAUGAUACAUCUUCUGACAAUUGGACACAAAAGGCCACAAAUAGUUCACUUCAGUUAGAAAAAUUAAUGGACCACACAUUGACAUAUGCUAAUGGAUGGUUGUAUGUAAUAGGGGGUAAAAAGGAAGAUGGUUUAUUCUCGUCUGACAUUUUCCGCAUCAAUGAAACAGACUGCGAAAGUUGGGAAAAACUGAAAAUGUCAGGUGAUCGACGACUCAGUCGUAUGGUGUCUGGUCACACUGCAGUCUUUCAUUCUGUUUCCAACACGAUUUUAGUGUAUGGUGGAUAUCGAUCAAAAUACUCUAAAUACGUUGUGCUUUCUGGUUAUGUGUAUGCAUUUAAUUUACAAUAUAAUGUGUGGUCCGUUAUAAAAAACCCACAAAUAGUAGAAGAACCGACGUAUAAACAUCGUGAAAAUCAUAUUCCAAACAAGCGAGCACACCAUACAUCUGUAAUUAUGGGUAAUUAUAUGGUGGUGUAUGGAGGUAAUAUACACAUUCAUCAAGAACUGGAGACGUGCUAUGAUAAUGAGAUAUUCUUGUAUCAUCUUGGCUGUCAUCAGUGGGUCAAGCAUCCAUUGUUUAUGGUAACUGAUACUCAUGGGAAGAGAAGAUUUGGUCAUUCAAGUGUAUCAGCCUUUGGUAAUAUAAUGUUUGUAAUAGGAGGCUACAGAGGGGGUGUUCUUGGAGAUGUAACGGCCUUCAAGUUUCCACCUACAAUAGCCCCAGCAGAGGCUGAGUCAGGAGAAGAUACAGAUUAUUGCAAACAGUACACAGAUGUACAAAAAACAGAUGUACAAAAAUGUAUUGAUGAUAUAGAGUGUGUUUUGUGUACUGCAAGGAUUGACACAAGGCGCACUGGUUGUGUACACAGAACAAGGAAGAGGGAAUGUGAUUCCAGUAAGAAUCCAAUCUUAGUAGAUACACCCUGCCAAGGAAUCUGUUCAUCUUUACUGUCAUGCCAAUCAUGUUUAAGUCACGGACAAGGAAUUAACUUGAUGUCGUCAUCACCUAGCAACAGAGUAUACCAGGAAGAAUGUUCUUGGUGUGUGAAAAGCUCAACUUGUACACAGACAGUUGAUCCUGAUGAGCUUUGUCUGCCUGGAGAGGAUUUCAUUUCUGGAUUGGAUGGUUGGUGGGGAUCAAUUAAUCCAAGUUGGAACUCUAUAGAGCAGUGUACAAACAAUGACAUUCCAGCAGGGAUACAGGUCAUGUACUACUACGAGCCAGAUAACAUACUGCAACCAGAUCAAGUAUUGUUUAUGAACUCCUUUUCUGUGCCUAUCGAAGACGUAUUACCAUACCAUGGAAAUAUAGAUGAAACAGGAAAAUUAAUCACCGUUAGAAUAACUGGUUACAUACAUCCCUUAGACGCCCCAUUAGUGUACGGCAGCAACAUGCUACAGCUGUAUUUAUCAGGAUCUGGAGACAUUGUAGCAACAUUGAAUCUGAGCAAUGACAGUUCAGUAAAAAAUCAAGAAAUAGUCAUUCGCAAGUCAACCUAUCUAUUAUCCACAACAAACUUAGCCAAUCGAAAAAGUGAAAAGUUGUUCCCAAAUACAACACGUGGACAUAAAUAUUAUGUGGCUGUCGAAGCAGAGAAGCGUAAAAAAGAUAAAACAUCCACUCUAAGCCUGCAGUGGAAUAUUGAGGUCAAUGAAGAUAGUGAAAUAAGGGGUAACCACCAUCACAUGCCGAACCUUCAUCCAAUAACCAUGGAAUUUCUAGAACCAUAUAACAGUGUUCAUUGUUCUAUACACAAUAACUGUUUGGCUUGUAUGACAGAUGCAUCAUGUGCCUGGUGUUCAUCAUCCUCCACAUGUUUGUACAAGGGAGACAACUCUACUAAAUGUAAUGAAACAUAUGCAAUAACACAUCCUGAACAGUGUGACCUAUGCCAUGACUAUCCAGACUGUUAUUCAUGUGUUACAGAUGAUUUGUGUGAAUGGAGUACAAAAUCUGAAAAGUGUAUAAGACGAGGACGAUUAUUGAGAAAUUUACGACAAAUAUCUGAGUGUCCACAACCAUGUCAUCUGAGAAAAAAUUGCAACCUCUGUGUAGAAAAAGACAAAGAUGAAUGUUUCUGGUGUGAAAAUACAGGCGAGUGCUUUCCUUUCGCUCACUACAUCUCUCACCAUAUGAGUGGUCAGUGCCAGGAAUGGGUGGACAGUGAUGACCUUCUACAUAACCAUACAUGUCGGGACUGUUCCGUAUACAAGUCAUGUGAUAACUGUUUGUCACGGUAUGGAUGUGGAUGGUGCGGUAAUGUGGACAAUCGUAUGAUAGGAAAAUGUGUGGAUGGUGAUUUUUCAGGUCCAACACAUAAUCAGAACUGUUCUGUGAUUGUUGCUGAUGUAGGGAAAAAAAAGAACAUCACAGUGGCUGAUCCUUCGAUGUGGAUGUAUGACAAAUGUUUAGAUGUGGAUGAAUGUACUCAUGAUGUAUAUGACUGUGACGAGAAUGCUUCUUGUGUAAACACUGAGACAUCUUACAUAUGUGUUUGUAACAAGGGAUUCAUACAGUAUGGAAAAGAGUGUAAAAAAACGUGUUAUUAUGAUUGUGUAUAUGGUAAAUGUUCGGUUGAUUAUGAAUGUCACUGUGACCUUGGUUACACGGGACCAGACUGUAGCACAGAUUGUCAGUGUAAUAACCAAAGUGUCUGUACAAAAGGGGUGGGGAAGUGUGAUUCAUGUCAAAACAACACCAAUGGUAGCCACUGUCAGUUUUGUUUACAUGGUUACUAUGGGAUACCAUCAAAAGGUUGUAAAGCUUGUCACUGUAAUGGUCAUGCAGAAACAUCUCGUGGUCAGUGUAGUAAUGUGACAGGAGAGUGCUUCUGUACCCAUAAUACAGAGGGAGAACAUUGCGAACGGUGCCAAGAAGGUUACUAUGGAGACCCAAGAAAUGGCGGCAAAUGCUACAGGAACUGUGACAACAGAGUAAUUCUGAACCAGAAGUCAGGGUCACUAGGGUCAUUCCAAGGUACAGGGGUGACCAGUACAAGGAAGCAUUGUGUAUGGAUUAUUUCAGAUAUAGCAAUAGACAAAGUAGAAAUUGAGGAGCCAAUGUAUGAUACCUCUGAGAUCUCAAUAACAUUUACCAUUGACAACAUUGUAACUAAAUGUGGUCGGGAACAUGUUUACGUAUACGAGGGGAUUCCAAGCUUUAUAUAUGGUCAUAGUUCACCAGAUACAGACACAGGACUUUUGGCAUCUUUCUGUGGAUCUGAGACUCCAAAAUCUGUCACAGUUAGGUCCAAAGUGAUCACAGUCUUUUUUGAAACUGGUGUAUUUAACCAUCCUAUCCAUCAGUUGACAGCUGAUAUUGUGACCUUUGCAGGCAUUCCAGCAUGGCCUAAAGAAUUGAUUGUGCCAGGAUUUAAUGCCAGUUAUCAAGUGAACGAUUGUGGUGUCAGCUGUAGGUACCAGCAGAGGUUACAGAAUCCAGUCUGCCAAGGAAACAAAUGUAUCUGUGAUGCAGGGUUUGAGGGAGAGGAAUGUCGCAAGUUUGUCUGUUCACCAGGAUGUUUGUUUAAUCAGGAUUCCCAAUCAUGUCAAUGUAACUCCUCCCUGGGGCCAGUGGAGAUUUUCCCAUGGUACACUGUGUUCCAGCCUUACACCAGAUUACCUGAGGACAUAUCACGGAGCAGAUAUGGCCACACCCUUGUAGCCUGCGGGACUGACAGUAUGUACAUGUUUGGUGGGUACUCCCUGAGACAUGGACUACUGAACGAUGUGUGGAUGUUUAAUCUGACAACUAAUAAAUGGACCCAGAUUGUGCCAUUCACUACAACUGAGCCUACUGGAAGAUAUUACCACACAGCAGUCUAUUUAGAUUAUCUGAAGACGAUGUAUGUGUUUGGAGGUUUUGUCAGAAGAGGAAACAACGUAGAAGCUACAAAUGAAAUGUGGAAAUUUGCUAUUGGUGCUCACAAGUGGACAUUAGAGGUGUCAUCAGAGGUACAUCCUGUUGCUGGCCAUACAAUGACAAAGAUAGGUGAUGCUAAACUGCUUGUGAUUGGUGGAUUUUCCAGAGCAGGUUACUUCUCAGAGAACAUGUAUGAAUAUGAUGCUACUAUAUCUACAUGGAGAGUCUAUACACAGAGAGACCUGAUAGGAGCUCCAAUAGGAUUGUAUGGUCAUACUGCUGUCCACCAUGAGGACACCCAGUCUAUUUAUAUCUAUGGAGGAAUACUAUACAGAUCACCAAGAGUUAAUCUGUCGGAAUCUCCUAGAGUGGUCCUGUCUGAUGAGCUGUAUUCAUUUGAUUUAGUUAGCAAACGUUGGAAUAACCUGCAGUCAACUAGAAAUUCAGAAGAAGGAGCUGAGAAAGACAAGAGGAUAUUCCACACAGCAGUGGAUGUAGGGAAGUAUAUGGUCAUAUUUGGUGGACAGUCUGAUGACCAACAACUGACUGACAAGGUGCUGGUUUACCAUUAUCUAUGUAAUAAUUGGCAUUCCUUCCAGUUCAAAGAAGUCCAAGAAGAUGAGCCAAUAAACAUAAGGGUGUCGGCUGUAUCUGUUGCCAUAGAAACCAGUGUUUACAUCAUGGGUGGUUACAGUGGUGAAGUUCAUAGUGGGAUGAUCAAAUUGACACUGCCAAUAGACAGGUGUCGACUGAUUAAGGAUGAGCAUGAGUGUGUCAGAUCCUCGACUGGAUGUAAAGCAUGUAUUAUCUCUAGUCCGGAUGGGAGCAAUGUCACAUCCUGUUAUUCAGCUCACAUCCAUAAAUUUUUGCCAAAUGAAUGUUUUGGCCAAACACUUUUACAAGGGAAAGGUGAAUGUGAUAAGAAUUGGCACUUAAGGAGGGAUUGUGAUGGUUAUACAACCUGUGAUUCAUGCUUAGCCGUGUUCCCAUACUUUAAGGAUAUAAGACAGAUAUGCAAAUGGUGCCAGAACUGUGGAGAGAACAAAUGUGUAAAAGUUGGUCGCAAAUGCACUGGUCAGACCUGUAAAAAUCACCCGAGUUCUUCACCAGUCGGGGAAUCCCACUGGUGUGGGAUAUUUGAAUGUGGGACAAGUACUUGUGAAAGAUGUAAAGCUCUGAACUGUGAAUGGACCAGUACAAAAGGAUAUAAUGUAGAAGAGAAUUGGUAUUGCAGACGUAAUAAGUCACCUAAUAUUACUGUAUGCCCUGCACCAUGUCAAUUGAAUGCUAACUGCCAGUCAUGUAUCAGAAGCGUAGGAGCAGAAGCUGGGUCAGGAAAAUGUGUAUGGAGUCAUGCUCUACAGGAAUGUAUGUCAGAAGCUUACAAACCUCUAAGGUGUUCCCAUGGCAACUGUGGUCUACUGAUUGACUCUUCUACAACUGAGUGUUUAAGGCCUUGUCAUGAGUUCAGACAGUGUUCUAAUUGUCUGAGAGCUCCAGGGUGUGGAUGGUGUGCUGGAAAUAAUGGCAUGGGCUUAUGUAUGUCUGGAGGAAUGAAAGGACCGACUGGUGGUGUCUGUAAUCCUGGAGAUAUCAGGAACUUUAAGACUGAUUCACCAAUGAACCAAUACCACUGGUCAAUAGUUGAGCCGAUUUGGUCCUACAUAAGCUGUCCUCCUGAAAAUGAAUGUAUCAAUGGCCACCAUACAUGUAACAAUGUAACACAGGACUGUUUUGACACGUUGAAGGGAUUCAAUUGCUCAUGUAAAAAAGGAUACAGGGAAGAUUCUAAAACUAAAGAAUGUAUACCAGUAUGUCAUCAAGGUUGUCGACAUGGCAUCUGUGUCAGACCAGAUAAAUGUGACUGCAGUUUUGGUUAUGUUGGCAAAAAUUGUACGGUAGAAUGUGAGUGCCAUAAAAACAGUGAAUGUGAAAGUGUGGAACAGACCAAACAUUGUUUAAGUUGUCAUAACAACACACAGGGAACUCAAUGUGAACAUUGUAAAUUGUGGUUUGUUGGAAGUCCAAAGAUGAACCAACCUUGUAACUCCUGUUUCAAUGUCUGUAAUAAUCAUACAAACAGAUGUUCUUCUGUCAAAGACUUUAAGAAACUCAAUGCCAGUACCAUUUAUUCUACUUAUGACUAUCACAAAGUGAUUAAAGAAUUUAAUCCUAAUGGUCCUGUCAGUGAUCCAGUAUGUAUACGAUGUCAGAACAACACAGAAGGUAGAAAGUGUGACGGCUGUCAGUCAGGCUACUUUAGACAUAAAGGAAUGACAAAAUUUGAUGCUUGUAUUAAAUGUCAAUGCCACGGCCAUAGUCAUUUCUGUGACAAUAUGACAGGGGAAUGUCGUCCAUGCAGAAACAAUACACGAACACGUUGCUCCAGCGAUGAAAAUGACUCUCCGGAUACAUGCUGGAAAAAACAGUGUGCAGUGUGUGAAGAAUACUUUCAAGGUCAUCCAGUCCAUGACCACCAAUGUUACCGCCAGAUGAAUGUUGAUAGAGAAUAUUGCCUUGACCCAGAAACACAGAAUGAAUGCAGCCAAAAUGCUCAUCCUUUGAUGCAAGGACGAACUGUAUUCUUUGCCGUACAACCACGAUACCUCAAUGUUGACAUUCGUAUAACUAUAGAUGUUCUCAAAGGAGGAGCAGACGUCUUCUUUUCAUCCAGUGACCAGACUUUCACUGUUAAGGACAACAAAGAAAAUGGAGUACACAUCUUAGAACUCGACAGUGACCUUCACAUAAGAGGUGGAAGCUCUCAGAGAUGGUCUUAUCCAAUCAACAAAAGGAGCUUAGAUAAUUAUAAUAUCCACAUUCACAACAUAAUGACUGACUUGGCUGAAUCAAAACCUCUGGACAAGAGAAGUGUUCAAAAUAGUACAUCUGGAGUCUCUCAUGAGUUAUUGGAGAUACAUGCCAAGAACUUUCAUACAUACCAUACCGUCACUCAAACAAAUACUAUUUUACGUGUGAAAAAUGUGGAGUCCCGAUUAGUGAUUACUUUACCAGUUCACAGUCAUAAUUUAAAAUUUGCUCGAUUUUAUAUCAUCAUGUAUGGAGUAGGUAGUAAAUACUCAAACAAUACAUAUGGAAACUUAUAUUUCAGACAGGAUCAACCGCACAUAGAUUUAUUUGUCUUCUUUUCUGUCUUUUUCUCAAGUUUCUUCCUCUUUUUAGCUGUUUGUGUCUUGUUAUGGAAGAUGAAACAAGCUGUUGAUACACAACGUAGUCGACAGCAACGUGCGAAAGAAAUGAUGCAUAUGGCUUCCAGGCCAUUCUCAAAAGUUCUUGUGUAUGUUGAACCAGAACCAAUUAUUAUGUCAUCAACUCCUGUCUUGAGGAGACCAAAACUUCCAAAAAUACCACACAGAAAUGUGCCAAUUAUGGGACUUACUCCAGUAGAUUUAUUACCACCUAUUAUUCAUCAAACAAUUAUUAAAGAAAAAGUGCCAUUUGAUGUGAUUCCAAUAGCAGUUGAACCUAUUAUUAGUGGUUCGGCAGCGAUAAGAACGGUUGUUAUACAGCUUCCCGGUGGACCACAUGCUUCAUCAAAACUUUGUAUAGGCUCAACAUUGACAUCUAAUUAUAGACCUUCAAAUAAUAAUCCUAAAUCUAAUACAAGGAGAAGACCAAGUUCUACUCAAUGUUGAUUAUGAAAAAAACUACAGAUUUAUAUAGUGUUCAAAAGAUUAUAGACCUUAAAAUAAUAAUCCUGAAGCUAAUACAAGGAGAAGACCCAGUUCUACUCAAUGUUGAUUACAAAAAAAACUACAGUUUUAUUUAGUGUUCAAAAGAUUAUAUACAUUCAAAUAAUAAUUUUAAAUCUAAAACAAGGAGAAGACCAAGUUCUACUCAUGUGGAUUAUAAAAAAAAACAUAUAGUUUUCAAAAGAUGAAGUCAAGCUCAACUUAUGUUGUUAUGGUAUAAUCUUUUCGGCCAAUAAACUGUGUAAUACACCUUGUAUGUAUAUGUAAUACAAUGUUAUGUUGAUGAAAUAUAAUCAAAUUACAGCUGCUUUGAUACCUGUAAAAAGAGUGAUAAGUAAAAAAGAAUUAUACACCAGGUGGAUAAAUUGUUAUUAUAGAAAUUAUAUGUAUUAAUAUGUUUAAGGAAUUUGAUUCAUUUUUUUUUGUUGAACCAAAAUUUAUAAUUUUAUAUCAAUGCAAUCAGUGUAUUUGUUUAAUUAUGUAAGAAUGCUGAUGUAUGCGUUAAUUGUGAUUUGGGCAUUUAUUCUCCUAAGGGAAAUGUCUUUGUGGAGAAUAAACAAUUCAAGUAUCAUUAGUAAAAUUUAAACAAGUCUGUUGUCUUUUUUGUUGGUGCUAGACAAUUUUCUUAUGUGUUAUUUUAUUCUCACAUUAAACAAUUUGGAUACAGAUUCUAAAAUUAAAUGCAGGACAUGUUUUUUUUGAAUUGCAAAAAACGAUUUUUUUUAAGACCAAAUAGUUGUAAAAAAACCCAGCUCAUUUUAGAUUCUGUUUUCUUAAGAUGAUUUGAAUACCUAUUUGGGAGAAGGGCAACGUUCUUAAUCUUUAUUUUUGAUGUAAUUGGUAUUAUUAUUUUCAAAGAAAUGAUUUGAAAUGAAUUAAUCACUUGUAACUUUUUCUGAAUAAACAUUAAAAUCAGUACUACGAUGGGGAUGUUAAACAACCUUGGCUUACAAUGAGGGUCUCCCUUAGCAGGGUCUUAAUCUACAGCUAUUGCAUUAAAUUUUAUGGAAUGAAUGACUUGUGCAUGUCAAUAUUUAGAACAUGCAUGUAAUGAUGUUAGGGAAAAAGUAUUAAUAAAUUUUGACAAUAGCCAUUUAAAAUCUUUUCUCAAAUUGAUGUAAAAUGUAGUCCAGAGAAUCUAAAUAUUAAACAUACAUGAAAUGUUGUUUAGCCUUCAUAUACUUUUAUGUGUUGGUGUUUAUAAUAUCAACAAGUUCAAAAUUUAUUUUACCUUGAUGAUGAUGGAGGGAUAUGUUUUUUUUUAACAACCUUUACUGGCUAUAAUUAAAACCCUCUCACGGUCUGGCUUGAAAUAUUUCAAACCUACUUAUAUUUUGUAUCUACCUCUCUGAUAAGUAUAUAACCUAAAAUUCCUCCUUAGCUAGUUUAUAUUAGAAUGCAUUGUAUUCAGAAUUACCAGUAAAUAUAAGAAAUUAACUGAUAGCUUUUAUAAGUUUCGAUUAGAUUAGUACAUUCAUUUUUUAAAUUUUAUAAUGUCAAGUUUUUUUUUUUUUUAAUUUCAAUUAAUGAACAAAGUGGGUAUAAACUUGUUGAAAGAAUGAUUUUUCUUGUAGAAUGUUUUUUUUUAUGGAAAUCUAGUUAAUAAUUUUAGUUUCUGUGAAUACAUUGCUGUUUUCCAGUAUACUGUAAACCAACUUAUUUUCUUGAGUGAUUUAUUUUAUUUAUUUUUAGGCCAUUAAAAAAAAAUGUGAAUAUAAAUUCUCCCAAAUAUUAAAAACUUUUAUCUUUCCUGAUCAUCUUGAUAUAAAUACAUCUAGAAAAUAAGAAAUUGUGAAAAGAAAUUGCCGUGGAGUCAGCUAGUAAGGGCUAAACACAAAAUAAUGUAUGGAAGAAAAUAAUUUGUUUUAUAGUACUUUAGAUGAACAUUUCUAGUCACAUGUUUUUUUUUUUAUUUAAACCAGUAUUAAAGAGAUCUCAUGUUGAUUUAUUUCUGAUGAAAACUCGACAUGCUGUCAGCCAUUUUUUUGUGAGUGGAAAAAUGUGGUGGUGUGUUCUAGCAAUUUAAUCAGUUUAAAUUGGCAUUAUUCAAGAUCUGAAUUUAUAUAAUUCUGUCUUUUGUUUGAAUAUAAGACAUCUUUUAUUCCUUUAUUGAAAGGAUAGGCUGGGUAAUGGGAUAUUAAAGAAAAGUGUCAGAAGAAACAUGACAGGAAGAGAGAGAAAACAGCUAUUAUUUCAACUCUGAAUUAUUUUUAAUUAGGAAAUUUGCAUAAUUUCUUGUGCUUUUAAAUUUUAAUACAUUCCAUGUUUGUUCUGUUUUAUAAUGUUUUGAGUGGUGUAUAAAACUUUCCAUACAUUGUAUUUUGUAUAGAUAGGAUUGAGGGCCACACAGUACAAUCUAUUGAAAAGGUGCUAUCUUCUCUGAAAUAGGAAAUAUUGUGUGCCGCAAAAAAUCAUUAAAAUGCAGAAUAAACAUGGAAUUUAUUUAAGAAUUAACACAAUUUCCAUAAUUAAAAACAAUUCAAAGUUGAAAUAAGUAAAAAAAAAAUGAAUUUGGGAAAAGGAGUAAAUGAAGAGAGGGUACCCCUGUCUAUCCCUACUUGUUUACAAAUUAAUCCUAAAAUUCUCCACACAAAGGAUUUAUUUUUGUUUUUAAAACUGUCAGAACCCAUAUACAUGUUAUUUAUAUCUUUCAUUUGAAUUUAUUUUGUAAUAUUUUGUGUUGAUAUGAUACAAUUUUAAUACAAUGUAUAUACUUGUAGAAAAUAAAAACUUAUAGCUUUAUCAAUACAUAAUCAUCAUUUAUAGCAUUAGACAUCUGAUUGUCAUAAAUCAAUCAUUUAUUCAUUUUUUCAUGAUGGCAUUAUUUUCAUUUGUUAUACGAUUACAAAUUUGUUGCUUAUUAUAAUUAUAUCUUGAAUUGUACAUAUUGUUUAUCUUUGCCAUAAUGUUAUGAUUUAGUAAGUUUUAAUAUGUUCUAAAUUAACUUGGAGAACUAUUUGUUAUAUCUUGUAUUACGUUGAUAUUUAGGCUACAUAUAUAUAACAAAGUAAACUAGAUUGAGUUAGUGAUGAGGGAGUAUCAGCAUUAUGCAGAAUAGAUCAAGAAAGAAAAUAUAGUUGUAAUUAUCAAACCUAGGGAAUAUAAUAAUAUACUCACACUUCAACUGAAGUCGCAGUUAAUAAUUUCUAGCAUACCUAAUAGAUCUUUAUAUGUCCCCACAGUAGCAGAGGGGGCAUUAAGGUUUUUUUCUUGUCCAAAAAUAAUUUCAAAUUACAAUUUUUAUAAUCAAUUUGGUGAAAUUUUUGUCUUAUGCAAUAUUGUUAUACUUGAUUCAUAAAUUGUUAUAAUUUAUCAAUAUUUUAAUUUUAGCUUUAUUAUUGUCAAUAUUCAGAUUCUUUGCAAAAACUAGACAAUCUUGUUCUAAAUUUUAGAUUGAACUAUAAAAGCUAGUUUUCUAAAUUUUCUUAUCCAUAAAUGAGGUCUAUUAUUUAUUUUGUAUGCUUAGUUAUGUUGAAAUAUAUUUAUAUAUGUUGGUGCCAGAUAGUGCAUUUUUAGAAAGAAAUAAUCAAAGAAGAAUGAAUUCAUUUAAAAAGCAAAUUAUCAUAGUAAUGCUUACAGUGUUUUAACUUUGUGUGUUACGAUUUUACUGUCUCUGGUGUUAGAAAACAGACGAGAAAUAAAACUUUUGAUCUCCUAUUUGAAUAAAUAAUUUAAAAGUUUCGAUAAUAUUUAUAUUCAAACAUUCUUUUUUGAAGACCAUUUAUUGACAUCUAAACAUGUUUUGUUUUGUUUUGAGUUGAUGUUCUAUUGACAAAAACCCAAGAUCAACUUCUAUUCAUAUGUUUUUCAACAAAUAUCCAUAGUAAUCACUUGCUCAAAAGACUUGAUUUGUUAUAUACAAGUAAAAAGUUACAAUUGUGGGUAUGUUGGAAAUAAAAUCAUUUUUGUAUUUAUUGAAUUUAGGAAGUUUCAAAUUUUGGACAAAUUCCAGGAUUUAAAAAAAAAAUUGUACUGGUAGAUAAUUUAUCCAAAGAAAUCCAUUAUUUCAAAAAAGAAGUUGCAAAACAUGAUUAUAUAUAGUUUAUGUCAACUAUUGGUGGUUGUCGUUGUGUUACAAAGUAUCCCUUAGCAUGUACAAAUUUCGCACCCCAAGUCCUGGUUAUCAUAAAUUAUUUGAAUCGGUAGUUAUUAAAAAUUCCAAAUUAAUUGGGAAAAAAACCCUCUUGAUAUUAAAAUGUAUAAAAGUAAAUAGCAACUAUGUUUUAAAAUUAAUGACCUGUAUGGACUAUGACAUUUGUAUCUUUGCUAAAAUUGUGUCAAAACAAAAAAGGCUGGAGAGCGCAAUUCCAUUAAAAUGUAUGUGGGAGGGUAGGAAGGGAAGUUUUAAUUAUUGAAUGUGAGUCAUGAGUCUUUUUCAGUAUGCAACUAUUACCAUCAUGCAAAAUUAUAUAAAAAAUGGUUCUCUUGGUUUUAGAGAUAUUUGGAAAGUCCCUUCCUACCCUCCUACAUACAUUUUUAUUAAAUGGCCCUGAAUGUAAUUGUCAAAGAUUUUCUUAGUAACUCUGGCUCAUGGUACUCUUGAAAAAUAAAUUAAAAGAGAACAGUUAUUUUCAUUUUUGUCAUUAUACAUCAUCUUCUCGUGUGAUAUUACAUUACAUAUUUUUUGUCACUUCUACAAGUAUUUAAUCAGGAAAUACAUGUUUGUCUUAUGCCAGUAUUAUUGCUUUUUGAUUGUCUUUGUGAAUGCUCUAAAUAACCUAGUAGAUAUCUAUAUAGUAGACAAUUCAUUACUGUAACUAUUGUUGUACAUUUUGUUAUUUAAAAUCAUAGAUCUGAAUACUGUGGUGUAUUUAAAUAUAAAAUAUAAUCACAGGAAUUUUUUACUGGAAAAAGUUCAGAAGUGAAAUGAGGUGUGCAAAUAAUAAAUUAAGCAAAAUGAAAUUGCAUUUUAGAUUGAGGGAAAAAAAACACGUGUCCUUUUAAAGGGACCUGUCCUUUUUUACAUUAAAGGUUUUUCAAUUUUUCAUUUUUAUAUAUUUUUUCUCCAGCAAAUUCAAGUUACAAGUCAAAUGGAAAUUAGGGGGUUGGGGUCUUUAAAACAGUGCCUCCCAUGCCCCCUUCCUAUCCGUGUGUGUUUGAUUUUUGAACUGCCUUUAUGAAUAUACAUGAACAAAACCUUGGCCUUAAUCAAUGAUAUAGUAUUAUAUCAUUAUUAAAUAGGUAAACUUUCCUUUUCACUUUUGGUACCAUGCUAUAUAUGCUAUUGUGCAGAAACAAACCUUAGACAAAACCAAAAUAGUGCUUACCCUAUUAGAGAGAAUAAAAAUUGUUACCAAUAAAGUUAAUCCAUCAAAUAAGCUUUAAUUACUGCAUUACAUUAAUUUAUAAUGCACAGUUAAUUUUUGUUGGUUUCAAAAACUCGGAAUAAAUUAAACAUUGCAACAAAAUGUUGACCUUAUUAAGGGGUUAUCUUACUGCUCUAAUAAAUUCAGCAAUAAAGGAACUAUGUUAUUUGUAGCAUUGUACUAUCAGAUUAUCGUCUUGUUGUAAAUUAUUUUAUGUGAUAUUAUGAUGGUCACACGAUUUCAUAUUGAUAUAAAUGUAUUGCAUGUAAUAUUUUGCAAUUAUUUGUGUGAUGGUCAAUUUAUCAUGCACAUCACAAUGCAAUAAAUCAUUUGAUAUAAUA